AUGAUCGUCAGAUAUGUAUUGGGUCUCGUAUUUUUCUUCGUAAUAUUGAUCUACAAAUGCCAAAGCAGACAUGCAUCAAUUUAUGAAAACAUUGAAGAAUUUUUGCAAGGGAACAAACUCAUUCCGAUAAGGUAUUCAUAUAAAGAGAUAAAGAAGAUGACAAGAGAUUUUAAGGAAAAGCUGGGAGAAGGAGGAUUCGGUUCAGUAUAUAAAGGAAAGCUACGAAGUGGACCUUUUGUAGCCAUAAAAAUGUUGGGGAAAGCCAAGGGUAAUGGUCAAGAUUUCAUCAAUGAAGUUGCUACAAUUGGUAGAAUACAUCAUGCCAAUGUAGUAAGAUUGAUUGGAUUUUGUGUAGAGGGUUCAAAACGCGCUCUUGUAUACGAAUUUAUGCUGAAUGGUUCUCUAGAUAAAUUUAUCUUUUCCAAAGUGGAUAGUGCAUCAUUGACUUACCAAGAAUUUUUUGAAAUAUCUCUUGGAGUUGCUCGUGGUAUAGCUUAUCUGCAUGAAGGUUGUGACAUGCAAAUUUUGCAUUUUGAUAUCAAGCCUCACAAUAUUCUUCUUGACGAUAAUUUCAUUCCUAAGGUGUCAGACUUUGGUCUUGCAAAGCUUAAUCCUCUUGAUAACAGUAUUGUAUCUUUGAAAACAGCAAGAGGAACCCUUGGUUACAUGGCCCCAGAAUUGUUCUACAAAAACAUAGGAGCAGUUUCUUACAAGGCUGAUGUCUAUAGCUUUGGAAUGCUUUUGAUGGAAAUGGCAAGUCAAAGAAGAAACUCGAAUCCAAACGCGGAGCAUUCAAGCCAAUUUUACUUUCCAUUUUGGAUAUACGAUCAAUUGGCUCAAAAAAAUGAUGAGAUAGAGUUGGAAAUUUUGAUGCAUGAAGAAACAAGCGAACUAGCAAAAAAGAUGUUCACAACUGCACUGUGGUGUAUACAAUUGAAGCCAAGUGAUCGUCCUUCAAUGAAUAAAGUAGUGGAAAUGUUAGAAGGGGAUGCUGCAAGUAUUGAAAUGCCUCCAAAGCCCUCGUAUUAUCCAAAUGAUAUUAUUGAGAGAGAUUCUGAGAUUGACUUAGGAGAAACUACUUCAAAUAAUUCUUCCGGCUCUUCAGGUUUUGAGGAAGAAAUUGCAACUAACCCUCUGUUGAAGUUUUCUGGAUGAUGACUAGUCCAGUUUGCUUUUUAUGAUCUUGUUUCUUAUCAAGUAAAGGUUCAAGUAUAGCAAGUGUGAUAUUUCUCUAUAUUUCUUAUUUCUGUGUUGUACGCUUUUGUUUACUAAAACCAGUUGACUAACAAUUUGAUCAUUUCCUUUGUGAGGACGCGUGUAUUAAUAUUAUUAUUUUGAUAAAAUAAGUUAAAUAUAAUCUUUGUUUAGUUUUAACUCAAUAAUAUAUACAAUGGUUAGAGAAUAGUUAAUAUG